UUGCUUCCUAAAAACCAUUUGACGUCCGACAGAAUCACUUGUGUUUACCUUCGAAGUCGCCGGACCAUGGAUCCUAGCAUUUGCUAUAUAAAACCAGAAUAUUUAGUAGCAGAUUGGAAAUGUGAUAAGUCUGAUGACGGAGUUCCUGACCAAAAGGAGAGUGUCCUGAAACGUCCACAUGCGGAGGACGAGAACGAAAGUGCCACUAAAAAGGAAAAAACCGGGAAAGGAAAAAAGGAGCGACGCCGAGGACAGAAUAAGGAUCGUCCUGUUUAUAGGGAGGACCGCACCUUGAACUUGUGCCAAUCCUUAUUUGAUGGACCUAACAAUGACAAAAAAUGUUCUUACACCAACUGCAAAUUUGUUCAUUCAGUCGAAGAAUAUAUGAGUGCCAAACCAAAGGACAUAGGUGAUACGUGUUACAUCUACUCAACGAAAGGAUUCUGCCAGCGCGGGUUGACCUGUCGGUUUGCUUCUUCGCAUGUGGACGAUAAAUUGAAUAAUUUAAAACAGGACUUCUACGAUGCAAACGCAAAGGAAACGACCUUCAAUGGAAUCCAAACUGAUGUGCAAAUUGCUCUCCGUAAACGGGAAUAUGAUUUCUCUAAAACCCUUGAAAUCGUCAAAGCCGUAGAAAAAUCACGAAGCGAGAAAACCAAGGAGAAUUCUUCUGAAAACGGAACCACAGACAUAUCACCUCAACUUACUGGCUGUGUUGUCGACGAUUCUGACCAGAAAUCUCCAAAAGUUGACUUCCGCAACAAGUUGAUCCUGAGUCCACUAACCACAGUUGGAAAUUUGCCUUUCCGUCGCAUCUGCAAGGAAUUCGGUGCUGACAUUACGUGUGGUGAAAUGGCAUGUGCAGUACCUCUAGUCAAGGGUUUGAACCAGGAAUGGGCUCUAACGAAAAGGCACGAGUCAGAGGAUAUUUUUGGUGUCCAGCUUUGUGGGAAUAGUGCUCAGUUACUGGCACAAGUUUCACAAAUUCUUAAGGAAACUUGUAAGGUUGAUUAUGUUGAUUUGAAUAUUGGAUGUCCAAUUGAGCUAAUCUAUCAACAAGGAGCAGGAAGUGCCUUAAUGCGAAGACAAAACCUUCUAGAAAAUAUUGUGCGUAGUUGCAGUCAGGUUCUGGAUGAUAUUCCGUUCACUGUUAAAACGAGGACAGGAGUUUAUGCGGAUAAGAGUGUUGCGCAUGAGCUGGUUCCGAAGAUGGAAGAAUGGGGCGCAAGUGCAGUCACUGUCCAUGGUCGAUCACGAGAACAACGCUACACAAAGAAUUCAAACUGGGAGUACAUUGAAAAAUGUGCAGCUGGAGUAAAACACAUUCCCAUAAUAGGAAAUGGAGAUAUAUUCACAUUUGAGGACUAUAACGAGAAAAAGGCUGUUGCCCCUCACGUUUCAUCGGUCAUGAUCGGUCGUGGAGCACUAAUCAAACCCUGGAUCUUCAAAGAAAUCAAAGAACAAAAAUACUGGGAUCCAACAAGCGCAGAACGAUUCGAAAUGCUUCGAAAAUAUGUUAACUACGGUCUGGAACAUUGGGGUAGUGAUACAAAAGGUGUGGAAACAACACGACGCUUUCUAUUGGAAUGGCAAUCUUUCUUGUACAGAUAUGUUCCCGUUAAUUUACUUGAGUGUCCUCCACAAAAAAUCAAUCAACGGCCCCAACUUUACCACGGGCGAGACGAUUUAGAAACCCUAAUGAGUUCGAAUAAUUGUGCGGAUUGGAUCAAACUAAGCGAAAUGCUGUUAGGUCCUGUUCCUGAUGGGUUUAACUUUUUACCUAAACAUAAAGCAAAUUCGUAUGUAAGUGGCUAAGUUUUUCUUUAUGUGAUGAGGAGAAUGGGUGAUAAUACAAAAUUAUUGAGAAAAAGACGAAAAUUAAUUGUAUCAUUGUC